GUUUGUUUUCCAUGGGUGCAAAGUAUGUUUAAGUACAUUAACCGGACGGCCCAGUGUACCAGACAUCUCCAGGCAGUAGGAAACCGUUGCGGUCAAAACAAAGACUUUAGGCUGGUGUCAUCCUUGCCAUUCAGAAUGACCGACCCGGCUGUGAACAGGGUGGUUGGUGACAUAAUUCGCUCUCCCGAGGACAAGCGGGUUUACAGGGGCCUGGAGUUUACCAAUGGCCUGAAGGCCAUGCUCAUCAGUGACCCAACCACAGACAAAUCCUCAGCUGCUUUGGAUGUCCACAUAGGUUCCUUAUCGGACCCAGGGAACAUCUCAGGCCUGGCACACUUUUGUGAACACAUGCUGUUCUUGGGAACGCAGAAGUACCCCAAAGAGAACGAAUACAGCCAGUUCCUCAGCGAGCAUGCGGGCAGCUCCAAUGCCUUCACCAGCGGAGAGCAUACCAACUACUAUUUUGAUGUGUCCCAUGAGCACUUGCAAGGAGCACUAGACAGGUUUGCUCAGUUCUUCCUGUGCCCACUGUUUGAUGAGAGCUGUAAGGACCGGGAGGUGAAUGCAGUCGACUCUGAGCAUGAAAAGAACCUGAUGAAUGAUGCCUGGAGGCUUUUUCAGCUGGAGAAGGCAACUGGCAACCCAAACCACCCCUUCAGUAAAUUUGGAACAGGUAACAAAUUGACCCUUGAGACCAGACCCUGUAAAGACGGGAUUGACAUCCGCCAGGAGCUCCUCAAGUUUCACUCCACAUACUACUCCUCUAAUCUCAUGGGGCUCUGCGUGUUAGGAAGAGAAUCACUAGAUGAGAUGACCUCCAUGGUGGUCGAGCUGUUUGGAGAAGUGGAGAACAAGAACGUGCCUAUCCCAGAAUUCCCAGAGCACCCAUUUCAGGAAGAACAUCUUAGGCAAUUCUACAAAGUGGUGCCUAUCAAAGACAUCAGGAAUCUGUAUGUGACGUUCCCCAUCCCAGACCUACAGAAGUAUUACAAGUCAAACCCAGGACAUUAUCUGGGACACCUGAUCGGUCAUGAAGGCCCCGGAAGUUUGUUAUCUGAGCUAAAAUCCAAAGGCUGGGUGAACACACUCGUUGGAGGGCAGAAAGAAGGAGCCAAAGGAUUCAUGUUCUUCAUCAUCAAUGUGGACUUGACAGAGGAGGGUCUCUUGCACGUCGAGGACAUCAUCUUCCACAUGUUCCAGUACAUCCAGAAACUGCGUACUGAGGGACCUCAGGCGUGGGUGUUUGAGGAGUGCAAGGAUUUAAACAAAGUGGCCUUCAGGUUCAAGGACAAGGAGCGACCCCGUGGCUAUACCUCCAAAGUGGCUGGUUUGCUACACUACUACCCUCUGGAAGAGGUUCUAGCAGCAGAGUACCUUUUGGAGGACUUCAGGCCAGAUCUGAUUGAGAUGGUGCUGGAUAAGCUGAGACCAGAGCAUGUCAGAGUUGCAGUGGUGUCAAAGUCAUUUGAAGGGCAAACGGACAAGACAGAAGAAUGGUACGGCACGCAGUACAAACAGGAGGCCAUCUCUGCUGAGACCAUCAAGAAAUGGGAAAAUGCAGACCUCAACGGGAAGUUCAAGUUGCCAAUGAAAAACGAGUUCAUCCCCACCAACUUUGAGAUCUACCCUCUUGAGAAAGACUCUCCGUCCGUCCCCACUUUAAUCAAGGACACUGCUAUGAGCAAGGUGUGGUUCAAGCAGGAUGACAAGUUCUUCCUGCCCAAAGCAUGCCUGAACUUCGAGUUCUUCAGCCCGUUUGCUUAUGUGGACCCAUUGCAUUGUAACAUGGCAUAUUUAUACCUGGAGCUCCUCAAGGACUCCCUCAACGAGUAUGCAUAUGCAGCCGAGCUAGCCGGCUUGAACUAUGACCUCCAAAAUACCGUCUAUGGGAUGUAUCUGUCUGUAAAAGGUUACAGUGACAAGCAGUACAUCCUGCUGAAGAAGAUCAUUGAGAAGAUGGCCACUUUUGAGAUCAAUGAGAAGCGCUUCGACAUCAUCAAGGAAGCGUACAUGAGGUCUUUGAAUAACUUCAGAGCCGAGCAGCCUCACCAGCACGCCAUGUACUACCUCCGUCUCCUAAUGACCGAGGUUGCUUGGACCAAAGAUGAGCUCAGAGAGGCUCUGGAUGAUGUAACUCUCCCACGCCUCAAGGCCUUCAUACCUCAGCUAUUGUCCCGGUUACAUAUUGAAACCCUUCUCCAUGGCAACAUCACCAAGGAGUCUGCUCUUGGCAUGAUGCAAAUGGUUGAGGACACACUCAUUGAGCACGCUCACACAAAGCCCCUCCUCCCAAGCCAGCUGAUUCGCUACAGAGAGGUGCAGGUUCCAGACGGUGGCUGGUACGUUUACCAGCAGAGGAACGAGGUGCACAACAACUGCGGCAUUGAGAUCUACUACCAGACAGACAUGCAGACCACCCACGACAACAUGCUGCUGGAGCUGUUCUGUCAGAUCAUCUCUGAGCCCUGCUUCAACACGCUGAGAACCAAAGAACAGCUGGGCUACAUCGUGUUCAGCGGCCCCCGGAGGGCUAAUGGAGUCCAAGGCCUGCGUUUCAUCAUCCAGUCGGAGAAGGCGCCCCACUACCUGGAGAGCCGCGUGGAGGCUUUCCUGUGCACUAUGGAGAAGGCUGUGGAGGAGAUGACCGAGGAAGCCUUCCAGAAACACAUCCAGGCUUUGGCCAUCCGCCGCCUGGACAAGCCUAAGAAGCUGUCUGCUGAGUGCGCCAAGUACUGGGGAGAGAUCAUUUCUCAGCAGUAUAAUUUUGACAGAGAUAACGUUGAGGUGGCCUACCUGAAGACUCUGACAAAAGAAAAUGUAAUGCAGUUCUACAGAGAACGUCUGACAGUCGAGGCCCCGAAGAGACACAAGGUGUCCGUGCACGUCCUGUCCAGAGAGAUGGACUCCUGUCCCAUAGUGGGAGAGUUCCCCGCUCAGAAUGAUGUCAACCUGGCCCCCGCUCCCUCCCUGCCCCAGCCCUCGUUGGUUCAAGACAUGACUGAGUUCAAGAGGAGUCUGCCUCUCUUCCCUCUGGUCAAGCCUCACAUCAACUUCAUGGCAGCCAAACUGUGAGCGAGGCUGGCAGGUCGACACGCAGCAGCAGCAGGAGGAAGAGGAGGAGGAGGAGGAGGAGGAGGAGGAGGAGGGAGAGCCCCACUCUGUUUCCCACCUACCCCUCCUGUCAGGAAGACUUUCAUCUGACCGAGCCUGCAUGAGUGCGCGGGUGCGUGUGCAUGUGUAUUUGCGCGAGUACAUGUGAAUGUGUGUGUGUGUGUGUGUGUGCACGUGUGGCAGGCUGGAGCCACUAGAUGAGAUGCUUGGAAACUUAAUGCGUGUAUUUGAAUCACAAAGUUAGCCGUCGGUCGUCGACAUAGCUGUGAUAAACGGUAGAGGUCACACCUGAACUCACCUCAUGUUUAAAGUCUCUAAACACUUACACGCAUCACACCACCGUGUAGGCUGUUGUAGAGGAAAUAGAAACCUUUUAAAAAAAUAAAAUAAAAUAAAAACAGACAAGGGUUCAGAUCCCUUUAAAACGACUUCAGAUAUACCGCAGAAGCUUCACAGUAGGAAGCGUUUUAUUUGAAUAAUUCAGACAUGCUGCUUUGAGAAUGGAUUGCGGGUUAAUUCUGAUGAACUGGGGAGGGGGGUGGGGGUGCGGGUGGGGGCUCCAUGAAGGUCUUCUUUUGUUUCUUUUUUAUGUUGUCGGACUGGUAGAUAUUUGCCAUGUAACUCUCUGAGGCACCACACACACACACACACACAAAAAAAAGACCCACUCGCUCACAAAGGAGUGUUUUUAUUCAAAUUUAUGCAUCUCUUGAAGAAUAAUAAUCUGCCUUAUAAUUCUGGUUUUUAGUCGGCAAAAGGUUUUUUGAAAUGUUUUUGCUUGUAAAACUGGUAAAAUGUUGGGACCCUUUGAGGAGCUGUUUUUAAAAUAAUAAUUGCUGAUCACGAAGAACCACGCCCAUGAAGGCUGAUUUAUUUUGUUUUUGUUUAAUUUUAUUGCAUUUUACAGUGUGUAAGUCAGACAUCUCAGGGGUACCUCCAUGCUGUUUUUCUUUUACAUUCAAUUUUUAUUAGUGAUUGAUUAAAAAAUAAAAACACUUUUAUUGA